AUACUAGGUACGUACACUAAUAUUAUAAACAUUAUUGUGUACACCGUGUGCCUCGAAUUAAAGAUAAUUUUGAAUCACAUGCAGUAACCUUGGUAACCAUUAUAUUGACGAUCGAUGGAGUUGUACCGCGGCGGUUGGAGGUACACCGUAUCUUAACCGGCGGUAUGUAUAGGCCAGACAUGCACACUGAAGUAUAGUAAGGAAUCUACGAUUCGCGAACGGAAAUUAGUUUUCACUGGUCGUAAACGAACUCGAUUCGUUGUACAAUGUCGUCCAAGCCAAAACAAGAUUUACCCGCAGAAGAGGAAACGGAAGAAGACUUCAUGACGAGAAUCACCCAACCCAGAAUGUGGACGGUCUUCAGAUCAGAAUUCAUUUUUCAAGUAUUUGUCGACGAGCGAUUCGACGAAGUGUUGGACAUGUUUAAAAAUAAUUAUAUAUACGAAGAAUCAUUAUGCGAUAGUAACACAUUGUCAUCAGAUCAAGAUUCAAUUGAUCAAUUUUUAUAUUUGAUCAAACAUUGGAUCUCUGAUACUCUAUCGACAAUCGUAAUUGAAAAAAGCUCCGGGAAAUGCGUUGGAAUAAUUAUUUGCAGAUUUUGUUCAAUUGAAGAUAACUCAUUGGAGUUUAGCAGAUUGAGAUUGUACGAAGGAGAAAAAUGGAAUAUAAUACAGAAUUUCAAAAACCACUUGAGCCAAAAAGUUGACAUUUACAAAUAUUACAAGACUGUAGCAUUCUUCAGAGUUUACGCUUGGUUUAUUCUUCCUGCCUAUAGAGGUCAAGGGCUGGGCAAAAAACUGUUGGAGUGCGUAAUCAAUCAGCAGUUACCCGAGAUGGUGCAUUUGGGGUGCAACGUGAUAUCCGGACUAUUCACCAACAAAAAGAGCCAAGGAAUAGCAAAUUCUUUGGGCCUGAAAACUUUGUACGAAGCUAAUUACCCCGAGUGGGCUAAUCAAAACAACGUGACGUUGCCUAAAAACGUUAAGGCCGAAAAUGCAACUGUCAGUGUGAUGGCUUGUCAAAUAAAUCAGAAACAAAACUCACCCCUGGUGCAGCAGUCAUAAUAUUGUACGUUGGCGAACCGGCUAUGAUUGGGAUAUAAUGUAGUAGUUUUUGAUUUUAAAGAGUUGGUUUCAUUGAUUUUCGAUUUUUGUUCGAUUUAAUGUACUUAUAACCGCCCCAGGAUAUGAAUAAAUGUUUAAAAUGGAUUUGAAUUAUUUAUGUUUUUAAUUUACACGUUCAACAAAA